AUGCUCCGACGAGCAGACCAAGAAGCGCUAGCAAACAGCAAGCGCCAGCUCAUACGAUGGAAAGCCAGCUUCGACAAAGCCGUGGCGGCGGCAGGAGCGAUACCGGAUGAAAUCCACUCGGACGGAAUCGAUGGCCACUACCAACUUGGCCCCUUGCGUGAAAUGGCGCAUGUACUGCCUACAAAGCAGGCGGCGAGAUUCGACGAGGCGUUGGAGACGCUUCUUCUCAAUCUUACGGAUUUACAGUCGGAAUCUUAUCGCGAUCCCCAGGCGCCGGAAGCGCGGUUGGAGGCGUUCAAGGCUGAGGUCGAGGAGAUGAGCGAAGGGGAGCGGACGGAGCGGUAUAAAAGUCUGAAGAACGAGGAGCUGGCGAUGGGCGCGCGGUUAAUGAGGGAGGGGGAGGAGUUGAAUGCGUUGGUCAAGGAGCUGAGUAAUUUUGAUCCCAGUCGGCGGUUUGCGAGGACGAUGGAGGAGGAGGCGAGGGUGGUUGAGGGUCGAGAUGCUGAGGGUGAGACUGAAGGGAAGGAGGCACCAGCACCGAAGCAAGAAGAACGGACGUUGGCAGAAACCAUGGCGCAGAUGGAGGCGGAGAUGUUGAAGGGGUGA